UCUACUGCAUGCCGAUUCGGUGGAAGUGCAUUGCUUGGCUGGCUGCCUGAGGCACCUGGCCUUUUCAGUUGAGCGUAGAGCGUGUUAGUAGACAGCUUGCGCUUAUCGUGGUUCGUUCGACUGCUAUUAUAGCUACCCGGCCAUGUGCUCGAUGUAGACUGGCGUAUAUACACAGUAGGAAUUACUCACCAAAGCUUUUCAACGGCUCUAGUGCGCGGGUACAUCGGUACAUUCGAGCUCUUCGGGGUGGUGAGUUUCGACGUUUCUGUGUGCUUCAUGCUAUAAUCGAUGUCUCCUCUCAGCUCAACGCAAAAUGUCAGUCGGAGUGGAGUGAAAAUUUUUGACAGGCCCAGUCGAGGCAGUCAACCAGUUCAGUCCAGUCCAAUACGGUACACGACGGUCGUCGGUUCAACCUUCAACUCGUGUGUGCGCGAACAAUUGCGAAUCUACGGUUCGGAUCCUUUUUGGGGAGAAUUACUCGGAGGCUUCUAGCUUGUCCACGGCAGGAAGGUAGCCAUUUCCGUCGCGCGUCCGUAAAGGAAUGAAGCUGGUUCGGUGAUUGAAGAGUGAUAUUUUUUGCGAAGGAAGAAUACGGAAUACGGUGCUUUGUUCAAGUGACGUGAAAAAGUGUGACCUGCAACGAGGAGAAGAAUAUCUAUCCAAGUGCUUUUCUUCGCCUCGAGGGAGGUGUGAAAACAGAUUGAAGGAGCGUGUGAAGUGUGUGGGGGUUUCCUGUGCUGCGAAAUAGUGUCGAACCGUGUGUGGCCCAAGCCUAGGCCAAUGAGCUGAGACAGCAAGGACUUUUGUGGGAUGGUCACCGACGAGUGCAGCCCGAUGUAGUUCCGUAACCAAACGCGAUUUAGAAUUUUACACAUCAGGGGUAUCACAAAACCAGAACACUGCAUGCCGCUAUCCCUUGAGAUCAUACAAAAUACCAGGUUCUGCACCAAUAUGGUUUUUGUGUGAUUGACAAGUGUUGAUAAAAGCGGCAGAAUUAUCAAUUCACACACGAGAAACCGUAAUCGAGCAUUCGGAGCAUUUCGGGGAGCAAAGCGAGUUCGAGUCUUGGAUUUUCGAUCGUCUGCGAAGCAAGGAAAACCGAUUGCGUGUCACAUUUUCGGGAGCUUGGGAGAUAACCUGACUGAUUUGGCUGGAGUGAGGCGGGUAGCUGCUACUGCUGUUAGAAGCGAGGAUUUCCCAUCGCAUCGAUGAGCAAAUAAAUCCCAUUCAACCAACCGCAAAACACACUCAGUCUGGCAAACAGCGAAAUCAUCUGCCACCGCCGUAGCCUCCGUGCCAUGCACCGAACCUGCUGCUGCAAACCUGCUAUGAACGUCGUCUAUCACCGCUUCCUAAGGAGAUAGCAUAGCCACAUCGGUAUAGAAGAAUAUCGCUGAUUAACAGCCCCUACGAUUGCCACCAUCAUCAUCUCGCAGCUCAACCAUCGUCGUCAACUGCUACUACUACUGCUGCUGCUGCAAUCUCACAGCCACAAUUACUUCAGUUUGAUUUCCCGCACCAAGAUCACCAGGGCCAAACCUCCCUGACGUCCUCGUCGUCACCACCAAAAGCGAGGCCCACAGCCAUGCCUCUCGACAACAACAAAGACCAUCCUCCGCCUGGAAGCGGAGGUCCCACAUCCCCCGUCCCGUCCCUCAAAACCGCCGACAUCCCGGACCAGGCCAACGGCUACCAGGAACUCUACAGCUCCAUGCGCAGCAACAAAUCCAACAAGUCCAAAACCUCCAUCUAUGACCGAAACCACGAGAAACUCCACCCCGAAGGGAUGUCCACCCUCGUGGAACUCCUCACCGAAACGUCCCAGGCCUCAAUCCACGACAUCCUCAACGAUGGCGAGGAGGACCAGAUGUUCAUCACCGGCUACGAAAAAUCCCCCGUCAAGUCCUUCUUCACCCACCUCGGAUUCUUCCUAACCCUCGGAAUCAUGCGACUGGUAAUGCACUGGUGGCAACACUGGCUACUGCUGGCAACCCACCGCAAGUGCUCCCUGGAAGUGGCCCAAAAAGUCCUCGUACACGAGCGCUACCAGGGCAAGCACGAUGCCUUCUACGUCAAGAACGUCAUCAACAUGGACGCCGAAUCGAUCAAGGAAGUCGCCUCCAAUUCCAAACGCCUAUCGCCCAAUGGACGGAACAUCGUCAAGGAACUCGAGCAGAUCGGUAUCACCGAUCGGGUGCAGUUCUUCCAGCAGGUCACCCCAUUUCAGGUGGCGUUCCAUCAGGCGGGUGGCAAGUUCGACCACUUCAACGAGAUCCGGUUCUUCAGCUGUAAAAAGUUGCGCUACAUCUGGAACAAGAACUCCAAGCGGUUCGUCAAGCUUACCGGACUGGACGUGCGCGUGCCCAGCGUGACCAUCCACCACACCAAGGGCCUGUCGGUGUACGAGCAGAACAUCCGCCGGCUGGUCUACGGCACGAACGAGAUUCUGAUUCCCCUCAAAGGGGUGUUCACGUUGCUGUUCCUGGAAGUGCUGAACCCGUUCUACGUGUUUCAGAUCUUUUCGGUUAUGUUGUGGUUCGUGUACGAUUACUACUACUACGCUACGGUUAUCAUUCUGAUGAGCGGAUUCGGUAUCACGGCUUCCAUUCUCCAGACGCAGAAGAACCAGAAGGCGCUGUAUUCUACGGUCAAGAAUAGCGAUACGGCGACGGUUGUGAGGGAUAACUGCGAGUCAGAGCAGAUCGAAACCAGGUACUUGGUGCCGGGUGACGUGGUAGAAAUUCCGGCCACCGGGUGUACAAUGCAGUGCGAUGCCGUGCUGAUCUCUGGAAACUGUAUCUUGGACGAAUCGAUGCUGACGGGGGAGAGUGUUCCCGUUACGAAGACUCCGCUGCCGUUGAAACGCGACUUGAACUACGAUCACAAGGAGCAUGCUCGGCAUACAUUGUUCUGCGGGACGAAGGUUAUCCAGACUCGCUACAUCGGCAGUGAGAAGGUUUUGGUGAAGGUGAUCAACACGGGGAACAUCACAGCCAAGGGUGGACUAAUCCGAUCGAUCUUGUAUCCUCCUCCGGUAGACUACAAAUUCGAGAAGGAUUCGUACAAAUUCAUCAUGGUGCUGGCAUUCCUCGCGGGGUGUGGUUUCCUGUACACCGUAGUCACAAAAAUCAUGCGAGGUGUUGGAGCGUUGAAGAUCAUUGUCGAAUCCUUGGAUUUGAUAACCAUUGCCGUCCCACCAGCCCUGCCGGCAGCUAUGACGGUUGGCCGAAUGUACGCGCAGAAGCGACUGCAGAAGAACAACAUCUACUGCGUGUCGCCACGGGCGAUCAACGUUUCUGGCAGUAUCGAUUGCGUGUGUUUCGACAAGACUGGCACCCUGACUGAGGAUGGACUGGAUAUGUGGGGCGUGCUGCCCAAGGACUCCACCAACAACUUCCAGAUUCCGCUCACGCAGAUCAACCGGCUUCCGAUGACGGAGCACCUGCUCGGUGGAAUGGUAACGUGCCACUCGAUAACCUUCGUCAACGGAGAAAUGCGAGGCGAUCCACUGGAUUUGAAGAUUUUCGAAUCAACCGGAUGGAUCCUGGAGGAGGCGAACGUUUCCGACGAGACCAAGUACGAUCUGCUGUUCCCUACGAUCGUGAAGCCUCCUCGAGGUGGCUCCAAGGAUGACUUGAACCUGGAACUGGACGUGGCUUACGAUAACUCGAACGAUAUCGGUAUUGUGCGGGAGUUUUCGUUCACAAGUGCUCUGCAGAGGAUGUCCGUGAUCACCAGGAAGCUGUCGGAUAACCACUUCAACGUAUACGUCAAAGGUUCGCCGGAGAUGAUCAGCAGUUUGUGCAAGGCCGAUAGUAUUCCGGAGGACUUCACCACGAAGCUGGGAUUCUACGCACAGCAGGGUUACCGGAUCAUUGCGAUCGCGUACAAGUCACUGGAUAAGAAGAUGAACUACUCGAAAGUUCAAAAGGUGUCCAGGGAGAAGGUUGAAUGUGAUCUGGAGUUUUUGGGUUUCGUGAUCUUGGAGAAUCGAUUGAAGGCGGACACGGAGGAGGUGAUCGAAAGUUUGAACGUGGCGAAUGUGCGGUGCAUUAUGGUGACGGGAGAUAAUUUACUCACGGCGGCGAGUGUGGCCCAUGACUGCGGGAUGGUUAUGCCGGGUCAGAGUUUGGUGACGUUGACGGCUCACGUGGACAAGAACAACCCAAACAAACACUUCCUCAGCUACGAUAUAACCGGGCAACCGCAGCUGACUCAGUCGGAUAUAAUAAACGAUAACAAGGUUAGCGACGAUAAGCGAAAUGGGAACUACACGCUCAUGACACAGUCCAACAGUAUCAGCAGCUGCGAUACGGUCGAUACGUGUACGAUCUCUACGCAGGUGAGUGUGUUCGAGAAGGAGGAGCAUCGGAUCUCAAUCGACGUCGACAGUGAGAAGGGCGUUUCGGUGAGCGGCGUCCAGGGUGGUUCGUUCCGGUUCGCCUUGACCGGGAAGACUUGGGCGAUCGUUAAGGAGCAUUUCCCAGAGCUGGUGCCGACGAUCAUAACGUUCGGGACGGUGUUUGCUCGGAUGUCCCCGGAUCAGAAGCAGCACUUGAUCACGGAUUUGCAGAACUUGGGAUAUUAUGUGGCUAUGUGUGGAGAUGGCGCCAAUGACUGCGGAGCGUUGAAGGCCGCGCAUACGGGAAUUUCCUUGUCGGAAGCUGAGAGUUCUGUAGCGUCGCCGUUUACAUCGAAGAGUCCAACGAUUGCAUGCGUACCCAAGGUGAUCAAGGAAGGUCGAGCGGCAUUGGUGACAUCGUUUGGAAUUUUCAAAUACAUGGCUGCGUAUUCGUUGGUGCAAUUUGCCUCCGUGUUGAUCCUCUAUUCGAUCGAUUCCAACCUGACGGAUCUGGAGUUCCUAUACAUAGAUCUCUUCAUCAUUUCGGUGACGGCGUUCUUCUUCGGCAAAACUUCGUCAUACGAUGGUCCACUGGUCAAACAAGUCCCGUCAAAUUCGCUUAUAUCGCUUAGUCCACUGCUAUCGCUGGGGCUCCACCUGAUCGUGGCAUUGGGUUUCCAAGUUGCCGGUUGGUAUCACAUCCAGGCCCAAUCUUGGUUCGUACCAUUCAACUACAGUGACGAACUGGCUCUGAAUGAUCUCGGAUGUUACGAAAACUACGCCAUCUUCAGCAUCUCUUGCUACCAGUACAUCAUCCUCGCGAUCGUGUUCUCCAAGGGAGCUCCCUAUCGCAAGUCCAUCGUAUCCAACUACGGAUUCCUGGUCAGCAUCAUCAUCAAUACGGCCUUGUCGAUCUUGCUGACCCUGUACCCACCCGUCUGGCUCCAGGAUCUCUUCCAACUAGUCAUCCCCCAGGAGGACAUCACCUUCCGGGCCUAUCUGGUCGGGUACGGGCUGGCCAACUUCAUCAUAGCGCUGUUCAUCGAGAAGUACAUCAUCGACGAGAUCGCGUUCAAGAAGCUACGCUACCGGUGGCACAACAUCGCCAAGUCACGGCGCAAGUACUUACUGAUCGAGCACAACUUCCGCAAGGAGGUUCAGCACCCGAGCGACUUUAAAACCGUGCUCGGCUGGUCCAGCGAGAAGUACGAUUACUGACAUCACCUCCAGCGGGUGUUGAAACUAGUGGCGAGCGUGGUGAUGAGCGAUCGGCAAGCAGCGUGGCUUCUUCGGCUGCAGCAGCGGAUCGAUCUUCGGUAGCGAUCGUUACGCGCCGGAUUUUAUGCAACCGUCGAGUCGUGAAGUUCUGUGCAUUCGAUUGAGCAGCAGCGGAAAACUGCCAAGCGUUUAGGUUUUGAUUCUGAUUAGGAUACUUUUUUUUUGCAUGCAUUAGAAUGAUUUUUAUAGAAAAGGCAAUUGUGAGGUUCAGAAUAUGAGUUUUCCGGUGAUUAGAGAUGUAAGUGCCAUAAUUGUAUUAUGUUUCGAUUAGGACCCCAGGACAAACGCUAAGGCAAAUAAAGUUUACACACAUGUGAUAUAUAUCGAGCCGAAUGUGGAAAAAGGGCUAAUGUUGGAUUUUGGGCGAAUCUGAACUAUACACGGAAAGAUGACGACGAGCGGGAGGAGGUUCACAGGAAUACAGGAAAUUUCGUGGCGCUGUGCAGAAUCGAAAUCAAAGGAAGACAAUAAUCAAAAUUUGUACAGAAAAGAAGUAAACGAGAGAUAAAACCAUGCCUCUGUAAUUACCGAUAGUUUCCAACCGGCUUUUGGCUGGAGUUCUUCUUCGCUUCUGCACGCGGAAAUUUUUUGCAUACAUGUUUCGAUGGUAAAAGAUUAAACUUUCACUCCAAACUUUCACUCGAUUUCGGUAAAUGAAUUCGUCUAGGAUUUGCUAAUAUGUAAUUUCGCUACAAUUUAUCGGAGCAGAGAGAUUCUGAAAAAAUGUUACCGUGUGUUAUCCAGGAGGCCAUGAACCAGUGAUCUCGGUUUUAAUGUUCAUGGAAACGAGUUCAUUUUCCGUAAACACGACACUCCUCAAAAGUCAAAUAGAUUAAUUCGAACAACGGUAACAUGUUUACAGAAAAUUCAUUCGUUACCAUGGCCAGAUAAUAUGGCUCCGCUCAAAAAUCAAACGCGUGCGUUAGCUCAUGGACCUGUGCUAUGCACGUGUUCAUCCAUAUGAUUUGUGCGUAACCACGUAGUCUAGGUGGUCAUGGAAACGAGUUGUAUUUCUGUAAACAAGACACGGUAAAUUAUUAAACUCGUGCAAAUAUCCAUGAAACUGAGUUCACUAGUUUGCCGUAUCAACGAAAAAGAGCUCAUUUCCAUGGCCACCUAGAAAACACGGCUCCCCUCGAAAGUCAAACAGACGAACACGUGCAUUGACUUAUAGAAAUAAGUGCAUUUUUGGUGAACUUGACACAUCUCAAAUGCCAAACGGACUUACAUAUCUACCGGUGAACUGAGUUAACUCGGUCCAAGAAUUUUGACACUAGAGUGGGACACGAUUAUUCAGCAGCCAUCCAAAACAUGUGCCGAUCUAGGCCAAAAUGAUAGGACCGAGUGAAUUCAGUUCACUAAUGAAUAACUCCAUUAGUAAACUCUAGCUCUUUCAUAACCAAGUUAUUUGGAAAACUUGGAAGAGUAUUUGUGGAACUAUUGACUUCUUGAUAAAUAACCUAAUCUGUUUCUAAGACUCAAAGCAAAAUUCAAUUCACAUUUGAAAAGGAUUGGAGUGAAGUGAGAGCUGUGAACCGUCGAACCAUGUAUAAAGCACUAUUAUUUAAUGCAUUAUAUUGUAAAAUAAUUGAUAGAUUUCAGUGUCCGUCAAUCUUCUUCAUCGUUAAGAGAAUGGUCAGAAGAAUAAAACAGAAAAGUGUUCCCAGCAAAUCUACUUUAAUAACAAAUAACAACAUUAAAAAUCGCAUGUUUUGCCAGCUAUACAAAUGACACACAUUCACAAGAAGUUAAAAAAGCAACAAACCAUUGGCAGUUUUAGGUUAAAAACAACUGAAACAUACACAAGCAAACUGACACAUUCUCACUUUAGUGUACACCGUUAGUCGUAUUUGCGAGUCACACAAGAAAAAAAAACAACAGCAGUUUCAAUCUAAAACCUCUAGGGAAAUUUAGCAAGCCUCGCCUUCCUUUCUGAGAAGCGUUAGAGCCAUUUAGGAUCGUAGAUAUGUAGCAAGGUUUUUUCUAAAAGAAUGAAACAAAAAAACAAUACCACGAUGCAUCUCACAGCCACACGCCUAGCGAUACAGCUCUGAGAGCAAACGCCACUACAAGUGCUAGCGAAUCGGUUUUGAUUUAUACUUACUUUUACUAGCGCAAAAGUUCGCGGUGUUGGUCAGGAAUUUCAUGUUUAGUCAAUUUAUUUAAUGCAACUUUAUAAUCUGCAAUCGAAGAAACCGGGAAAACGACUUAUAAGGAAUUCGUUCAUAGCCUACUAUCUCAAGCAGCACUACCACAAACUUAUACAGCAGCAGUGACCUCUAGUGUUGAUUUUUGUUCUUACACAUUGUUAUCACAAUAGGCGUUUAAAUUGCAAACUGUACUUGUCCCCACUACUGGUCCCAUACGAUAAUAGUUGUUGAUCAUUGAAAAUGAUGCACUCUCAG